ACCGCCUUCCAGAAUCAUCUAAACGCUUACAUUACAAUCCUCUUCUACUCUGCAGUCUUUGCGAAGGAAAAAUGAGUGGAUCAAGCCGCACCCUUUAUGUGGGCAAUCUUCCAGGGGACAUUCGUAUGAGAGAAGUUGAAGAUUUAUUUUACAAGUAUGGACCCAUUGUUGAUAUUGAUUUGAAGAUACCACCAAGGCCUCCUGGUUAUGCUUUUGUUGAGUUUGAAGAUCCACGUGAUGCUGAAGAUGCAAUUCGUGGCCGAGAUGGGUACAAUUUUGAUGGAUGCCGAUUGCGUGUUGAGCUGGCACAUGGUGGGCGAAGACCCUCAUCCUCAGUGGACCGCUAUAGCAGUUAUAGUGGUAGCAGCAGUCGUGGACCUUCUAGGCACUCUGAUUAUCGUGUUUUGGUGACUGGCUUACCUUCUUCUGCUUCAUGGCAAGACUUAAAGGAUCACAUGCGCAAAGCUGGGGAUGUCUGCUUCUCUCAAGUCUUUCGUGAUCGUGAGGGUAUGACGGGGAUUGUAGAUUAUACAAAUUAUGAUGAUAUGAAAUAUGCUAUUAGGAAACUUGAUGGUUCUAAGUUUCGAAAUGCAUUUUCCUCUGGGGCUUACAUACGGGUGAAGGAGUACGAUGCCAGACGGAGCUACUCAAGAAGUCCAAGUCGCAGCCCAUCUGGUCGAAGCCGCAGUCGCAGCCCUAGCUAUAGUAGCAGGAGCAGGAGCAGAUCCCCUAGAGCCAAAUCCCCACGUCAAUCUUUAUCUAGAUCGGUUUCUCCCCGCUCUCGCUCUCUGUCACCUGCCCACUCGGAUUCAAGAUCUGGCUCUUUGCGGCUGUCUGGGGAUUGGAUGUUAGGAACUUGAUGGGAUGUGGUGCUCAAAUGCCUGCAACUCAUUUUGUUGUUGAGGUAAUGCUGUUUUUGUUGACGAGCACCUCUGGAAAAAUAUUAAGGUCUAACAAUUCCACUAUAUAAUGAAUGACAUGCAACAAUUGCUAGACUGGAACUGGAUCAGUAUAGUGGAUGGAUCACAAUUCGAGGGCUGGACUUGCCGUGAAUUAGGUGAACUAUUGCGUGGACACAUCAAACCAAAGUCAUUUAACCUUCAACUCCAUUCAAACGGACCAGAAAUUUCUUUGAUUUGGUGUUAAAGAGGGCUUUAGUAGUUUGUGUUCCAUUUUGGUUAUGUUUUAAGCUGUCACAACCUGCUGGUAAAAGGAUGAUUUCCACUUGGCGAGAUUUUUAGUAAUGAACAUUGUUUCACUGUCUGUUGGUUGCUGCUAAAGAUUGAUGGUAUUUUCCUUUUGUACAAGUAUGCUUACUCUGACAUGGACGUGGCACUCAGAGACUUGGACCAAAGAUUCAUGAGUAUAAUUCUGAAUAUUAAAUUGGUUUGUUUCUUAAAUUUUUGCAGAUCACGAUCAAGGUCCAGAUCACCAACUCCAUCACCCCGCAAAGCAGUGAGCAGAAGCCCAGGCAGGAGUGGGAGUCGCAGCUUAUCACGGUCCCAAUCACCUUUGCCCCGCAAAGUGGUGAGCAGAAGCCGGAGUCGCAGUUCCUCACAGUCCUGAUCACCACCUUUGGUGAAAUCCGAUUAAUGGUGGUCAGAUGGAGCACUGCUGAUGGUUCUGGCCCGUUAAGAGUACUGUAAAAGUGGCUUUAGGAAUGUCUGAAUAAGAGUUAAUGCCAUGCUACAAUGACAGUCAAAAUUUCGACUUAAAAGAUUGGAUAAUUAUAUACCUCAACCUUUUUAAAUUUUUUCAUCAACGCUGUUGUAUUACUCUAAUCUUUACAGAGUGGUAUUUUUCAACUAUUGGAUUUUUUUCCUUCACUGCAAAUAUGGUCUGGUUCUCGUUUAAUGUCUCCCGUCUCUUUGGUGUGAUUUUGUUUUUCUAGUUUAAUCUUGCAUGGUUCUAGAUUAAAAAAGAAAUUCUCAU